ACCAUGAGCUCCAGGAAGAAAGAUCUUAUCACCUUAGAGGACCCUAAUGCCAAGUACCCGCUGCCCUUGAUUGAGAAAGAGCAUAUCAACCACAACACCCGGAGGUUCCGCUUUGGACUGCCCUCACCCGAGCAUGUCUUAGGCCUUCCUGUAGGUAACUAUGUCCACCUCUUGGCCAAAAUUGAUGAUGAUUUGGUGGUCAGGGCUUACACACCUGUCUCCAGUGAUGAUGACCAAGGCUUUGUGGACUUAAUUAUAAAGAUCUACUUCAAAAAUGUACACCCCCAUUACCCUGAAGGGGGCAAAAUGACUCAGUACUUGGAGAAUCUGAAAAUCGGGGACACCAUUCUUUUUCGAGGGCCCAAUGGACGCCUGUUCUACAAUGGGCCAGGGAAUGUCAGGAUCAAACCAUACAAAACCAGUGAGCCUGAAACAAAACUGGUGCAUCACCUGGGAAUGAUUGCUGGUGGUACAGGCAUUACACCCAUGCUGCAGCUCAUCCGCCACAUCACCAAGAACCCCAAAGACAGGACCAAGAUGUCCCUCAUCUUUGCCAACCAGACAGAGGAGGAUAUCUUGGUGAGAAAGGAGCUUGAAGAAAUUUCCAGAACUCAUCUAGACCAGUUCAGCCUGUGGUACACCCUGGACAGGCCUCCUGUUGGCUGGAAGUACAGCUCUGGCUUUGUGACCAGUGACAUGAUCAAGGAGCACCUCCCGCCUCCUGGGAAGUACACGCUCAUCCUGGUGUGUGGUCCGCCACCCCUGAUCCAGACAGCCGCUCAGCCCAACCUGGAGAAGCUGGGUUACACCAAAGACAUGAUCUUUACCUACUAACAUCUCCCAUGUGUGCAGCAAGCCUGGCUUCACCAUGUUAAACUGGGCUGUUUGCAAAAAUGCCUCAUCAGUCCCCUUCUUUGGCUACACACACUUGGGUCUCCUCUUUUGAGUGUAAGACCAACAAGGGUUCAAAAGGCUGGAAGCAAAAUGUCAUCUGAGGCCUCCUGGCUUGGAGGCUAGGAAGAGCUCCAUGUUUGUGUCUUUCUCCGUGGUUUCAUGAAAUAAACUCCAGUGCACAGCA